GGGCCAGCCAAUGGCAUCCAUAUAAAAGCAGGGUGGGAGGGGUCAGACAGCAUUGUCCCUCUGGGUCUCUGCAGACAAAGGAUCAGGACUGGAAGCUCAUCGCCAUGGCACCAAAGAAGGCCAAGAAGAAGGAGGGAGCGAGCUCGAAUGUGUUUAACAUGUUUGAGCAGUCCCAGAUCCAGGAGUUCAAAGAGGCUUUCACCAUCAUGGACCAGAACAGAGACGGCUUCAUCGAUAAGAACGACCUGAGGGACACCUUCGCAGCGCUGGGGCGGCUGAACGUGGGGAACGAUGAGCUGGAGGACAUGCUGAAGGAGGCGUCGGGCCCCAUUAACUUCACCGUCUUCCUCACCAUGUUCGGCGAGAAGCUGAAAGGCACGGACCCUGAGGAGACCAUUCUCAACGCCUUCAAGAUCUUUGACCCGGAGGGAAAAGGAGUUCUGAGGGGGGAGGAAAUCAAAUACAACCUCAUGUCUCAAGCGGACAAGUUUACUGAAGCGGAGAUUAAUCAGAUGUUCACCAACUUCCCCCUGGAUGUCGCCGGUAACCUGGACUACAAGAACCUGUGCUACAUCAUCACCCACGGGGAGGACAAGGAGCAAGAGUGAGGGAGAGGAUGCUGGGAACACCCGCCUGUAAAUAGCCUGACAGCCAAUGAUCAUCCUCCCUUCCCAGACUCCGCCUCCCUUUUCGCCAGCUCAAUAAAAACCCUUAUACCCUUA